AGGAGAGAGGAUGCAUUUUCGGCUCUGCAUGUGAUUGCUUGCUUGCUCCCUCUCUAUCUCACUCUUUCUCCCUCCCUCUGCUUUCAAGGUCUGCGUUUGGGCGUGCGUGCAUGUGGGUGUGUGUGUGUGUGUUGUGUUGGUGUCUGUGUCUCUGUGGGAGGAUUUCGUUGGACAGGUUUAAAAGAUGAAGCAUAAUAGAUGGAUAAUUCUGCUUACAACUGCGAUAUUAUUUGGAGAGUCUGUGGCCUUGAAUACCGAAGAAUUAACCAAGAAGAAACCUCACGUCAUAGUGAUAGUGGCCGACGAUUUGGGAUGGAAUGAUGUGUCCUGGAACAAUCCUAACGUGGUAAUGCCCAACUUGAAUGACCUCGCCUUGAACGGGGUCAUUCUGAAUCAGUCGUACGUUCUCCCUAGAUGUACCCCUACUAGGACGGCUCUCCUGACGGGCAGAUACCCGUUCACGAUCGGCUUCCAGGACGAGAACGUGAAGAGAGAGGAACCGCGGGGCAUUCCGCUCAAGGUCAGUCUACUUCCGGAGCUUCUGAAGGAGGCUGGGUACUCUACCCACGCCGUUGGGAAAUGGCACCUGGGUUUCUGCUCUUGGGACUACACUCCCACAAGGCGAGGUUUUGACACCUUCUUCGGAUUCUACGGCGGCGGAGAAGAUCACUUUACACACAAGGAACCGUCGCGUCUUGAAGAAAUGGGGCGGAAGAAGAAUAAAAGAAAGAAGACGGCUUACCUAGACCUGAGAAAUGGCACAGAACUUGAUGACAGUCAGGAAGGCGUGUAUUCAUCACAUCUGUUUGCUUCGGUAGCGGAGGAGAUUGUGAGGUCACGUGACCCCAAGGACCCGUUGUUCAUGUACCUGGCCUUCCAGAGUGCCCAUUCGCCUCUCCAGGUCCCACAGGAAUAUGAAGAUGUCUACAAACACAUUGGUAACAAGGACCGAAGAGUUAAGCUAGGAAUGAUAACAGCCAUGGACGAAGGCAUUGGCAGACUUGUCAAGGCUCUCAAGGAAACUGGCCACUAUGAAAAUUCCGUCAUCAUCUUCACUACUGACAAUGGAGGCGCCAUCCGUUACGCAGGAAGCAACUGGCCUCUACGAGGUGAGAAGGACUCCCUAUGGGAGGGAGGGAUGCGGGGCCCAGCUAUGGUUCACUCGCCUUAUCUGAGGAACGCUGGAUCCGUCACUAACCAGUUACUUCACGUUACAGACUGGUACAGUACCAUCCUGAACAUUGCGGGAAGCACAACACCCAGAGUUGAUGGGCUGAAUCAGUGGGACGCCCUUGCAGGCAUCGCGAGUCCCCCUCGAAGCAAGAUGAUUUACACAGUCGAGGACUUCUUUAACAUCACAGCCGGUGUCAGGUUCGACGACUACAAAAUGCUCAUUGGGGAUAUGGAGCCAAAGGACUGGGAGUCAAUCCCACUCUCUGAAGAUGGCCCUCUGAGACCUAGAAAUUACAGAACUGAAUCUUAUAAUGAAACGGAGGAGGAAACCAGCUCUGCAGGCACUGAUUACAUACAGUGGAAAGAACUGGAAGGUAAUCAGGUACUCAAAUGGAAACCUAAAGUUCGGAGAAUCCUGAACAAUUAUCUUUGGAGCGAUACGAAAAUCAGGCUCUUUAAUGUUAAAGAUGACCCAGAAGAAAGAAGCAACUUAUCUCUGAAAGAAAGUCGCAGAUUGCAGAAGAUGAUGAUCUACCUCUCAAAGCAACUGACGCGCCUUGUCUCUUCGUCCAGCCAUAAAAUGAUUGAAGCCAGUCCAGUCCACUGGGGGAACGCCUGGUCUCCUGGGUGGUGUGUGGCCAGCUGAGAAUGACUCUGAUGGGAGUCAGUCUUGUGGGUGUGAGAACAAGAGACAAGAAGUCGUCCAAUGUACACAAGGGAAACACCUGGUCCAGCUGAUGUUGAUUACAAUCAAGAAACUGCUCUUGGUUUUGCCUUUAGAAGCCCAAACAAAAAGGCAUUGAAUCACCUAGAUCUAGAGCACUUGGUAAUCACCUGAUCAGACCUGUGUAUAUAGAAAUGCUCGAAGAGUGGAACUGAUAGGUGAUCAAGCAAGAAUACUGGAACACCUCUUUAAAGACUAGGUAUUAAUGAAACUAAUUUCUCUUUAAUGUGUAAAAGACAAACUAAUUAUUCAGUAAUGUAUAAAAGACACUUUAAUUGUGAUAGAACUGUAGUACAUAUAUUUAUAAAUAUGAGAAUGAACAGGACAGCGAGAACACUGGAUAUCAUUUCUUCUUUUUAUUUAAGCCAACGUUUCAGGAAUCCUUUCCCAUCUUUAGGGCUAUAAAUAGAAUUGAUUUUUACAAUAUUAAAAAGUAUGUUAAAAAAGCUAAUAAUCAUAAGAAAUCUUAUAACUGUUGCCUUAUUUUAUCAUACUUUUUAAUAUUGUAAAAAAUUAUUUGUAUUUAUAGCCCUGAAGAUGGGAAAGGAUUCCGAAACGUUGGUUUCAACAAAAAGAAGAAAUUACAUCCAGUCUUCUCGCUGUCCUCUUCAUUCUUAAACUAAAGCUCACCAGGAGCGAAAAUCCUUACAGUUUAUAAAUAUGUAGACAUGUUCAUGUCAUUUAAAAAAAGACAAUCUUUAGAA